UAUGGAGCUCCAACGGCAUCUGCAUCUCCCACGGGGUGUGCAGCUCCUCCGGCGGAGCCUCCCCCACCUCCAUCAGGUGCACGGUGGCCUGGAUAUGGAGCUAGCAGUGGCCAAAAUUCUUCCGCACAUGGAAACCAAUACACAAAUCCAUGAAUCGCAGAGGAUGAACUCAUAGAGGAUGUAAUCGGUAAAACAAUGGUGCUCUUGAAGGCAAGCGUAGAAGCUCUUGGUGAAGAGGCGUCUGAUCAUCGAUUGCGUGCAAGGAACUAUAUCAAAAGGCCACGGGAGGAGUAUCAUCAACGUCUUGUGGAUGAUUAUUUCUUGGAUAAUCCUCUCUAUCCACUUAAUAUUUUUCGUCGAAGAUUUCGUAUGCGAAGGCCGUUAUUCCUACACAUUGUCAAGGAAUUAGGCAAGUGGUCGGACUACUUCACUACAAGAGUGGAUGCGCUCGGUCGGCAAGGACUCACACCACUACAAAAGUGUACGGCGGCUAUUCGCCAAUUAGCUAAUGGUAGUGCGGCGGAUCAUCUUGAUGAGUCUCUAAAGAUUGGUGAGACAACUUCAAUGGAGGCGGUGAAGUAUUUUGUUGAGGGUGUUAUAGCUGUAUUUGGUAAACGAUAUUUGACACGCCCCACUAAGGAAGAUGCCGAGCGUCUACUCAAGAUUGGAGAGAGACGAGGUUUUCCUGGUAUGUUUGGCAGUAUUAAUUGUAUGUAUUGGCAAUGGGAGAGAUGUCCAACUGCAUGGAAGGGCCAAUUUACUCAAGGUGAUCAGAAAGUUCCGACGAUAAUUCUUGAGGCCGUGGCUUCACAUGACCUUUGGAUCUGGCAUGCAUUCUUCGGAGUCGCAGGUUCUAACAAUGAUAUAAAUGUCCUAGGCCAGUCUCAUCUAUUUAUCAAAGAACUAAAAGGGCAAGCUCCAAGAGUCCAAUACAUGGUCAAUGGGAACCAAUAUAACACGGGUUACUAUCUUGCGGAUGGGAUAUACCCGGAAUGGGUUGUUUUUGUGAAGUCAAUAUCCAUGCCUAUCUCCGACAAGGACAAGCUAUUUGCACAGGAACAAGAAGGGAAGAGAAAGGAUAUUGAACGCGCAUUUGGAGUAUUGCGUCUUCGAUGGAGCGUCUUGAAAAAGCCGGCUCGCCUAUACGAUCGUGGUCAACUUGAGAGAGUGGUGCUAGCUUGCAUCAUCCUGCACAAUAUGAUUGUUGAAGAUGAAAAAAAGAAGAGGACAUUGAAGAGAACCUUGAUCUAAAUGAGGCUCCUAGUACCGUGACCGUGCAAGAACUAGAAUUCUCCCCCGAAGAGUAUGUUCCAUUUGAAAGGGUGCUACAAAAAGAUGAUAUUCGAGAUCGUUAAGCUCAUAUACAACUUAAGGACUUGGUGGAGCACAUUUGGAACAAGCACGGUCACUGUCGAAAUAUAUCUUCAAAUUUAAAUUUACCAUAUGUAAUCUUUUUCAUAUAUAUGUCCAUUUAAGGUGUGGAUAUUUGAAGUUAAUCCAAAUAUUUAUUUUGGAUACAACAAUAUUUAUUGACCAUGUUCCUAGACUAA